CCUGUUGCACUCCACACCAACUCCCAUUUUCUGUGCCCCUAUUUCUGCCGUCGAGAACUUUCGAGCUCCCGCCAGAAUGGGUGACAGUCUUCUAACCGAUCUUCGGUAUUUUUAGAGUAGGAGUAUGGCUGGUGCGCAAGAGACAUUAGUUGUGACGUAGAACCGGCAGGCGGAGGUUGCGAGGUCAAAAGUUAGACAAGUCAAGCGAGUGAUUUCACAAUCGAGUCAGGCGUAAGAGGAGACGCUAGGUUUCUCACUGGACGCCACCCCAAUUGGAGCUGUGAAUUGCCAUUUUUCACACGCUUGUUGUUUUGGAAAAAAAAGACACCUAUAUUUAUGCCUGCUUUCUAAGGCCGACGAGUAAUUAUGUCAGGACCAGCAGUGUACCAGCUAGAGCAUCCUAACCACGAUGGCGAGCGCCCUACAGUUCCAUCAGAAUUCAUCUGCCCGCUCUCGCACCAGCUCUUAUCGGAUCCUGUUAUUAUCGGAUCCGGCCUGACCUUUGAACGCGGCGCCAUUGAGAAAUGGUUCCAACAAGGCAAACGAGCCUGUCCUAUAACGGGGAAACACCAAGAGCACAUGCGCCUCUUCCCCAAUCAGGCGCUGCGUCAGCUGACCACUGAUUGGUGUGAUGCUCACGGCUUGAUUCUUGCUCCCGGUCUAACCGUCACCCGGAUCGGUCCGUCAAGUCCGACCGGUAAAACAGCCGGCAGCGAUCCACAAGCUGACGGUCAGAAUGGCGUUCUUCCGUCAUCGUCAGCCGAGCACAUGGACGAGGUUAUCCGUUUCCGUCAAGAGCUGCAGCGAGCACAAGCGUCUGCGCCGAAACUUGACGGCGGAAAGGGCGACUCCAAUUCUAACUCCGCGUUCGGCGGGUUCGUUCCCGCCGGCGGCGGCAGCGGCGGCACUGGCGGAGGGCACGGGGAACCCCCACGGACGCCGCCGGGGCGGCUUCAACUUGCGGGAGGCUUGAGGGGAGCGGGGGGAAACGCGUUACUAAGCGGCGCAACACGGACGGUCCGGAUCUCCCGAUCGCAGUCGCUGCAACCCAAGGGGGGCGGCGCAAUGGGGGCGUUUCUCCGCGCACUGAAAGAGACCGAGGGGGCGGACGGUGAGGGGAAGGGGGGGAGCGGAGAAGGGGGAGGUGGCGCCAAGGGGCUCGGCGCAGGCGGGGAGAAGCCUCUUGGGUUGCGCCGAGCUGCUGAUCCGCUUGACGGAGGUAAAGGCGGAAGCGGAAGCAAGAAUGAACUCUCGGGAGGCCGGCGGGAGGGAGGAGACCCGGGCCACGGACGGCAAGACGGCGAAGGGGGGAGAAACGGCGCGAUUGUCAAUCGCAGGCUUAACUUGGGGGGCGCGGGGGUGAUGGCGGGCGGAAGCUUGGGGCGGAAGAUGGGAAGCGCAAUGCGUCGGUCAUCGUCGGUCCAGGUGCAGAAUUUAUCGGCUGCGGGCAGUCGCGGGGGCAGCGGAAAAAAAGACGCGUUUCACGAGGCUGUGGAAGAGAUGUUAGGGGAGAAACGGUCAGGAGAUAAAUAUUCUGAUCGAGGGCGUGGGGGGAGUAGGGACAGGGACAGGGACAGUGAUCAGGAUGAGCGCAAUUUCCGCUCUGAUGACGAUCGUGACCGUUCCUAUAACGAGCGUCGCAAUAGCGGGGAGUUUCGAGUCGAGAAGGAGUACUCAUCAGAGCGGGAGGAGAGGGGAGGGAGGAGGAGUGCAGAGUAUGACAGGGGUUCUAAUAGCGGGGGCAGGAACCCAUCCGGCUUAUCCUCAAACCGCCUUCAACCCUCGGGGCUUGGGCGGGGGAGGGAUGAGCGGGAAGAGAGGGACGACGGCGGAAGAAGCAACCCCAGCAGCGGAGAAUUCGAGAUCGGCGGAAGGGGAAGCAGGGGCGCGGGAGAUGCGGGAAGCGCGGGCGGAGCAGGAGCGGGAGCUUCCAGGCUGCAGGGUUCCGCGUCUGGGCGGAGAGAAGGGCUUGGCGGAGGGGGGGCGGGUGGAGGGGGAACAAGCGGAGACCCCUUCCGCGGACUCGGGGGGAAUCGGGUGCCAAUAGGGGGAAGCGUGGGGCGGCGGAGCGGGAUGGGGCUAUUGCGGAGCGGAUCCCUCCAGCCCCGCAACUCGCGGAAGAUUGCGCGCGACUCCUUCUUUGGUGCUCUGGAAGACGUUGCGGAGGAGAAGGGGGCGGGGAAGGGCGACGGCGCAGGGGGAGGGGGGAAGAGCGAGAGCGGGGACUCAGCCACUCGCCGCGUGCCCCACUCUGUCUCGGCUGGCGGACAGCCGCCUCUUAGCCCCCUCCGGAGCUCCAUUGGUCAAGACGGCCCGUGGAAAGGGGGGGGGAGAGGGGAGGGUGGGGCGGAGGGGAAACAGGGCUACGACCUGUCACAGUCGCACAGGCGGGGCCACUCCGUUUCCCUCCACGACAGCAGCGGCGGCGGCGGCGGCGGCGGCGGCGGCGGAAGCAUGCUAGAAAGGGGCGGCGGCGGGCUGGCAGGCUUACCAGGUGUGACUCUAGCAGGGGGAGCGGCAGUAGCGGGCGUUCCCGGGGUGGGGGGCGUGGUUCUGUCUGGGAAGUCCAGGCCGCUUUCUAGUCUCCGUAGGGCCUCCUCUCUGGUGCCUGUGGGGGCGAAAGAUAGGCCGGGGAGUGCGGGGGGGUUGCUAGGCGGGGGAGGGGGAGGGGGACGGGGUGGGGAUCCCCAGGAAGCGUUUUCGUUCCAUGAUUUUGUGAACGAGCUUAAAGCCAGCGGUGCUGGUGCUGCUGCUACUGGCGGUGGUGGUGGUGCUGGUUCUGGUGCUGACCUGGGUGGUAGUGGUGGUGGAAAAUCGGGAGGGGGAACGCACAGGAGAACUGGUUCCUCUGGCGAGCGUGACAAUAGCGAGCCAUUCUCGUUUACAGUCAGCCAAGACGACAACAGUACCAAGACCACUGGCACCGCCACCAGCAGCGGUACCAGCAGCAGCAAGGCGGACGGUCGUGCGGGGGAUCCUUCUACAGACAGCCCUGCUCGGAGGCAGUUCCCCUCAUCCAUAUCUCUUUCCAAGAGCCCUAGGAGCGGCAGAGGGGUCACCUUCGCCUCUGGGAAGGACUUAGUCGAGGAUCUGAGUCUUCGCCCCAAGACCCCGCCUACUCGGCUUGGAGGGGCAGGAGGGGGAGUAGGAGGAGCAGGGGGGGGGCUGAGGCCGAGUAGUGGGGGGUUUGGAGCGAGAGGAGGAGGGGGAGGGGGGUUGAGAAGGGCUUCGUCAGUGCAACCUGGGCUGACGUCAGCGGAUAUAAGGAAGUUGGGGGCUCUGGAUGGGGCGGAAGGGGAGGGGGACGGUGCGAGAGGGAGUGCGAGGGGAGGAGGGAGAGGAGGGGAGCUCAGUGGGGGGGGAGGAGGAGUCUGGAUGAGGGAAGGGGGGAGAGUUCGAGGAGAGGGGAGGAGGAGGGAGGAGGAGGAGGGGGCUCACGUGGGAGUGGUAGGUCGGGGAGUGGGGGUGGAAGUGGGGGCGGUUUUCGAAGUGGAAGCUUAGGCGACGGAGGAAGAGGAGGUGAAGGAGGAAGAGGAGGUGGAGGAGGAAGAGGAGGUGA